UUUCCACUGACGAAAAAGGCUGCGCUACUGAGCGGUCCGCCUCAGACAAGGCAAAAACGCUUCAGCUGCUACAGCAGAAAGACACAAAAGCCCAGCCUGUGUGCCAUCGUGUGCGCCUGGAUUACUUCUCACUAUUCCGUCUCUUUUUUCACCCCCCCAAAAAAAUCUAUUGUGAUUUUCACUAAUGGUGAUCGGAUACGCAAUCCCUUGGUUGAUCAGCACUUUAGAGCCAUGAGUGGGCUUCUCAAGAGGAAGUUUGAGGAGGUGGAGGAGGACCCAUGCUACUCUUCAUCCUCUCCUUCGUCUCUCUCAUCCUCUGCCUACUCCGGCUGGGACUCGGAUGGAGAGAGCUGCUAUUCCGACACCCUGGACUCCACUCCCAGUAACCCGAGCUCACCGGCAGUGUCGCUCAGCACCACCUCCAUCCUCAAAAAGACCAAAAGACCACGGCGGGGCAAUGUGCAGUUUGAUCAGGUGACUGUCUUCUUCUUCCCACGGUGCCAGGGCUUCACUAGUGUACCUAGCAGAGGUGGAUGCACGCUGGGCAUGGUGCAGAGGCACAGCGUGCAGCGCCGCUACACGUUGGCCGAGUUUGCUAUCGAACAGCGCCACCUACGGCGUGAGAAGAUCAAGAACAGGAUGAAAGAAGAGAAACUAGAGGCUCUAAAACAGAAGCUGACUAAGAACGGGACGCAAGAGUCCGAAGAGGCGGACCAGCUGACCGUGGACGAUAUCCCAGAGCAGGAAAUCGAUCUCAGCGGUGUGAACCUGGACAAUGGAUCAUUCCUCCACCCAUACCCGUCCAAAAGGCGGCACGCCAUCCUGAAAGCAGCUGGAGUGAAAAAGAUAGACAAGGAGGAGAAGAGGCAGCUGCAUGAACUGCGGACGUCACGGGAGGACUGCGGCUGUGACUGCCAGGGCUUCUGUGAGCCGGAAACCUGCAGCUGCAGUUUGGCUGGCAUCAAGUGUCAGAUGGAUCACUCAUCUUUCCCUUGUGGCUGCACCAAGGAUGGCUGCGGGAACACGGAGGGCCGCAUUGAGUUUAACCCCAGUCGUGUCCAGACUCACUACAUUCACACCAUCAUGAAGCUGGAGCUUGAAAAGCGUUUGGAAGAGCAUGCUUCUGAAAAUGAGGCCACCUCAAACGAGCAGCCCAAGAUGAGCUCCGGAGACCUGUGUCCAGCAGAGGGCGGCGGUGAGCCGAACAGCUCGAGUUUUCAUUUCAACUCUGAAUUAGCAGCGGCUGGAGAAAACAGCUGUAGCAGCGACAUGACGGACUCGUCUAGUUCUUCGGGUCAGAGCGAGGACUUGGAAGUAGCUGACGCUCCUCGGAGUGAACAGUCUUCUCUGGACGUGGACGAAAACGGACUUGCGCAGAUCCUGAGCUUCAGUGACACUGAUAACGACGAUUGCAGCCAACAGCAGAGAAGGACUGAGCUGUCGUCUGUAGGAUACGGCAUUUUCAGUAGCGUACAGAAUGUGGACAGUGAUGAUAAUGCCUGCAAUACGGACUCUACGGAAAGAGCGACGGCGGUGUCUGAUCUCUUGGAUGAAAACGCGAAUCAAGACAACACUCUCCUUCACAGCGGCUCGGUUCCAAACACCCCGUCUCCUACCAUCGAUAACUACAUGGACCUGAGCCUGUCCUCGGAGUCCGACCUGGAAUUCUUUGACGGCUUUCCCUGUCUAGGGCCCAGCUCGCUGUACAACUCUCUCAAGGAGUAUGAACAUUUAGACAACUUUUUCCAGUUCCAGUUGCCUGCACACCCCAGCUUCCCACAAGUCAACGACCAGGGCACCGGCCUCUUGGAGUCGCUCAUUGGUUUGUCGGAAUCUGUACCUGAACCUCCUGCUACAUUCACAGACAAUCAGAUGCUGGAAGAAGCCAUGAAGUUGUCUGUGAUGGAGUACGUCAAAGUCUGACACGGAUGGACGUUAAAUAGUAAACACUAUGAAAAAGAGUAUACAAUUGUAAAUGAAUACAGCUUUAAUGUAAUUUUGUAAUUUAAGGCUAUCAAAAUUUGCAUUAGUUGCCUUGAAAAUGUUAUCAGUCUUAUUAUUAUUAUUAUUAUUAUUAUUAUUAUUAUUAUUAUUAUUAUUAUUAUUAUUAUUAUCGCCAUCAAUUUGGCAGCUAAUAUUUCGGUUUAAAGUCUCUGGCUGCCGGUUUAAGAAUAUUUGUACAUACUACCAGGAAGGUUGAGCUGAAUUUGUCACCCACAUUGGUGUUACUAAUAUUAUUACUAUUGAUAACAUUAUUUAUAUGAACUUUACACAGGGCACAGAUGGGAGUCUUUUAAAAAAAAAAAUGCUGAUUAUGCACCUCAGGGACUUUUUCUAGCUUUUUGGAAGCAAUGUAUUGUGACCAUACAUCGCUGUGAUGGACCCUAUUUGGCUCUUCUGAGAAUUUCCACCAAAACUCAAAACAGCAUUUUAAAGACCCCUUUGGGUUUUUUUUCUGUUUCUGUCACUUUUGUACGGUCUGUACGUAAUCACAAAGCUAGAGGAAGACUCCGCUUGUUCCACAAAAUGGCUCAUUGGGAUCUCUAAUGGUACACGAAUCUCCCCUAAGGCUCCUCGAUUAGCACUUUACCUGUGAAAAUAUGGAUGAAACUGAAGUGGGGCUUCAUGGGUUGCUGGCGUGUCGACCGCUUUGCGUUCAGUAAAGACGUCGGACCGUUUUUCGGUGUCCGGAGUGUCGAAAGUUAGCACAAAAGCUACGGAAGAGAGCGUUCGUGUUAAUAAAACAACACGUAAAAUAUUUUGGUUUAAAAAAAAAAUCUCAUUAAGAAAUACUCAUUUUGGAGAAGCUUCGCAUAACUGUGAUAUCUAUUUACCAUCACUACUUAUUACUCUAUUUAUUCCUUAGGUUUUGAGGUUUAUUUAUUUCUCUCUGAACACCAACUGAGUAUCUGAGCCACUCUGAGCUCUGGAAAAGUGAAACAGCUUCUUCGUGAGAUUAUCUGAGCCGUUUCUCUACGCUCGAUCCAUUCACGUUCGACUCGUGUGAAGCAAAUUUCAGUUAAAUUAUUUCUUGCCUCAUUUCAGUCGUAUUCUAAUUUAUUAAAGUAAAUUAUAAAAAAAAAAAGAAUUACGCAAUAAAAGAAGAAGAGCGGUGUUUAAAAAGUUUACUCUAUGUGCCUGUUAAUCUAAGGAGCCAUGGUUGCUGGUCUAUUGUAAAAAAAAAAGAAAAGAAAUAAAUAAGCAUUUAAAACAAACAAAAAAACCCAACCUACCUAUUUCCUAAGAUCAGAAUUGCAUUAUUGCCCACGAUAUUGCCUACAAUAUAGAGAAUUACACUAAAAUUUUCUAAUUUAUGUAGAUUUGAGAGAAUUCUAAUCUCUAUCAUUGACGAACUAUUUUAUUAAAAAAAAAAACAAACAAAAAAAAAGCCAAUUUUCUUCAACUAUUGAAACAUUUGUAAUAUAUUAAUAUAGUUACACAUAUAGUUAUACUUCUAAACUUUUAUUCUGGCCUGAAGUAAAAGAUUAUGUCUUUGUAAUUGCCUUUUUCAGUUGAAGUGAGACCGAGUUUAAGAUAAAUCCGAUUGUGCGAGAAUGUUUCGGCAGAAAUGAUCGACCACGAAGAUCGUGGAUGUAAAGGAUUAGUUAAAAAAAAAAUCUUUUUGGAUAAAUUCUGCAUAUAUUAUGCAAAAGUGUAUCAUAUUAUGCAAAGAACAAGAAGAACAACAACAACAAAAAAAACCCCACACAUUUCGUUGCCCAUGUCCGAAACCUAAAAUGAAUGAAGGUGGUAAAGCUAUAAGGUUCUGGAUGGAGGAACACAUGAUGUACAUACUCCACCUCCCUCACUUAGUUCCUACAGCUUGUGUCAACGUUCUAAACCUAUUGCAUGUGAGAUUUCUUCACAGUUUCGUCUCAGUAUAUGAUUUGCGAGCGCAAAAAAACUGCACAAUCAGAAACGUAUUUUCUUUUUGCCUUCAUGUGCUGUUCUUGAAACACAUUCGUUUCCAUUCUCAAGAGGGCACCGCUUUCUGCAAGUACGCCUUAUUUCCUUGUAAAGAUGUAUCACUCCUUAUGAAGAAAUGGAGAAUGAUGGGUAUUUAUUAGGCAUAAUUAUUGUAUGUUUUGAUCUACAAUGCUUUUGAAAGUGUUUCUCGAUUUCGUCAUUUAUGUUGUACAUAUUUUUCAGCUUAAGUGGUACUACAGAGCAAACCGAGCUGCUUUUUUUUUUUUUUUUUUUUA